GAGCUCGUUCUUACCGGAAGGGAAGGAAGCGUCUCGAGAUAAGAGAAAUAAUUAGCCUGUUAGCUUAUACACACAUUAUUCCUAUACGAUAUUUUGGAGAUUUCGAAUGUUUGCUUUUUUAUUUUCGGAUGAAAAAAGCAAUGAGAACCAGCUCAUCCUCACCACCACUGCACGUGCAUGUAAAUGAAAGCACACCUGUACAUGUGCAUGUGAAGAAGGGCAUGAAGAACAGCCCUAUAAAGCCUGCAGAGGUUAAGGUGAAAGGCUGUUUACGUCCCACUGCUAAAGUUAAGACAAGAGUCCCAUGGAUUCCUCCGGGCAAAACAUCAACUCGAGAACUUUCAUACAAAUGGGAGGGACCAAGCCAUCAAUUGGAGAUAACCCCCCUACCUGAGCCAGACGCAGCACGCUCUGCACUCCGUCUGGAAGACCUCUCCACUGAUGAGGAGGAAGCUCUGCAUGGACGCAUCAACCAGUAUGAGAGGAAGAUCGAUAGCCUGAUGACUGAGGUCAGCUCACUAAAGAACGAGGUGAAGCUGCGUAAGAAAGAACAGCAGCUAGAGCGCCAGUCUGAGAGGCUAAGUGUUUCACAGCGUGUCAUAGCUGAGCAGGAGGAGGAGCUGGCCGAAGUCGCCAAGGAGCUAGAAUUCACAGAACGAGAGAACACACUCCUUCGGGAGUCCAUGGAGAAAAUACUGGAAGAAAACAACUAUGGCAGGUUGGAGAGAGAGAACCUGCAGCAGGAGAAGGAUGUGCUGCUCAAGAAGCUAUUGGAGGCAGAGCUUGACAGCACAGCAGCCGCCAAACAGGCCCUGGCACUCCGAGAUGCUGUUAGCCGCAUGUCAAGAACUGAGAAGCGGAUGACUGGCUCAGACUCAUUGCUGGCCCGGCAGAAGGAUCUCCUCCUGCAGAAGUUGGAAACUUUCGAGAGAACAAACCGAACACUACGCCGCCUCCUGAGGGAGCAGCAUGAGCAUGAGAUGGACUCGCUUCAAUUGCUAGAGCAGAAAGACUCUCUUCUGAAGAGGCUCACAGAAGUUGAGGCAGAAAACUCGCAUCUACAGAUGAAGCUACAGGAUAAGGAGAAAGAAGUCGCAGACUUUACCUGCCUUUUAGAGAAUGAGAAGGAACAUGUGAAGACCACAAGUGAGCUGUCCAAGUCUCUGGAAUCGACCCGAGCUCAUCUGCAGGGCCAACUCCGCAACAAGGAAGCAGAAAAUAACCGCCUGUCAGUCCAGAUUAAGAACCUGGAGCGAGCAGCUGGUCAGCAGCAGGGAGAGAUGGAGUGUGUGCAGGCUCAGAUGCGGGAGCUGAAGCAGCGCGCCGAGAUGGAUAAAGAGGCAUUGAAGAAAGCAACACGGGCACUGAAACAGAGAGCAGAGCGUAGUGAGGACACUGCAGGACAUCUCAGUGCUCAGCUGACCGAAAUGGAAGCCCGGCUGGCAGAUGCUGUUUCAACUGCAGAGAACUGGAGCAGUCGUCACGCAAAAGAGCUGAAGGAGAAAGGCCAGCUGGAGGUGGAGAUCACACUGCUGAACAGCCGGAUCACAGAUAUGACAGAGCAGCUGCAUGUGCUUGAGGAGAAAACCAGAGCAGAGAGAGAUGGACUUCUGGACCGACUGCACAGUGUGACCACAGAGAGCACCACUGUUAGACUGGAGAACCAGAGCCUAAAGGCAACUCUGUCAGCACUGGAGGAGAAACUGUCUUUGUCCCGGUCUGAGGUCGAGCAGGUUAAAGCCUCAGUGAAGCAGUAUGAAAGCUUAGUGGAUAGCUACAAGAUUCAGCUGCAGAAGACACGUGCCGAGGCAGAUGAGUAUAGUGUGCAUGCACAGCAGGCAGAGCGGGAAGCACGGGCUCUGAGAGAAGAGUUGGAUCAGGAGAUUGAGCAGGCCCGAAAGCAGCUGAUGGGUCGUCUGAGUGAGCUGGAGCCGUUACCCGAUGCCCUGCGCCGCACUGAGCUCCAACUGCACGAAGCACAUGAGAAAGAACGUGUACAGGAGAGGAGGAAUGCUGAGCUUACUGCAGGUCUCACUGAGUUACGCCUUAAGGUUGAACAGCAGGGUGUUCAGGUGGAGAAGGUACAGCAGAGGAACACACUGCUGAUGGAGGACAACAACCAGCUUAAGCACAAAGUGGACUCUCUCGAAAGGAAGUUGGAGGAUGCCAGCUCUCAAAACGGAGAUCUUCUGCAAAUGCUAGCAAAGCGAGAGGAGACCAUCCUUCACAACCAAGUGCGUUUGGAGGAGAAGUCUCGAGAGUGCAGCACUCUAAACCGGCAGCUAGAAGAGGCACUAGAGGACGCCAGACGACAGGUGUCCAAUACAAAGGAGCGAGCUGCAUCUAAAGAGCGAGCCUCUCAGACCAAAGUGAUUGAGCUGGAGACCCAACUGAGCCGAACCACUUCAGAGCUCAAUCAACUGCGGCGAACCAAAGACGAGGCAGAGAGGAGGCACCAGAGCCGUCUGCAGGACGUGAAGGAUCGUCUGGAACAGUCGGACAGCACCAACCGCAGUCUGCAGAACUACGUGCAGUUCCUCAAAGCUUCAUAUGCUAGUGUGUUUGGGGACAUGACUCUCAGCAGCAGCUCACUCAGAGCUCACCCAACUAUCUGACAGCAUGUACACUUAAAACUGAGGUGCUGCAGCACACACACACUAGUGUGUAUUUCUUACACAGUACAGUGUGAUGAGUUUACCUUCAUCAGUUUUAAUGUGGGUAAGAACCAAAGUACCACUCAACACUAAUCUUACGAUAAUUAUAAUUAUUCUUUAUGUUUUAAAUAGAUCUCCAUAUUUGAGUCCUAGAUUAAUGACAGUGUUUUUUUCUGCAUUGGUGCUUAUAGAGCAGAAGUGAAUGUUUCUCAUAGACCUGAAAAACAUUUUCGUCAUACGUAAUAUAUACGUCUAUACCUUGUGUAUACCUUGAUGGAGAAGAUUAUGAAGUCAUUCAGGGUAGAUUUUUCCUCCAUAUUUAUAACUAACAUGAACUACAACUGAGUCAAAAGAUGAUUUCGUAUAAUGAAACUCUGAGUUGACUUAGUAAUGCAGCAGUGCUUUAGUGUGUCCAGCUCUCACAUCUUCCUCAUCUGUGCGCUCUGAGCUCUGAACACACUUGUGAUCCCUUAGAUCACUAACUGGGCAGGCUGUCUUUGUCUCAACCGUGUUGAAUACUGUAGCUACACUUUGUUUGCUGUCUCCCUUUUGCUUUUUUUUUGUUAUAAGCUCACAAAAAUUGACAAUGGCCUCUUUUGCUAGAUAGAUUUUGUCCUAUUAAUCACUAUUGUAACUGCAAUAUGAAGUGUCUCUGUGUGACACACACCUUGCUAACUUACUCAUGGCUCAUGCUGAGCAUAUCAUUAUAAAGUUACAAACGCUGUUUGUAGCUCAAGACCACAGUUAUCUGAGGCAAGAGAGCAAAAUUGGUUGUGCUCUCUAUAGGGAAGGGACUCAGGUGCUCUCUCCCCUGUCAAUCAGGGAAAAUCUAUCUAAUCAUAGGCAUCUGUGAACUCAUGUGUAUUGAAGAUAGAUGUUAGCUUUCACUGUCCCUGAGCUUACUGGUGAAUAGGAAUUGACAAAUGAUGAAAAUGCUGAUGAAAUGAUUUUAUUAAUAAUGAAAAUAUAGCAAAUAACAAAUUAUCACCAGACUUAAUAAACAUAUUAGCAUUAAAUAUUACAGUAAAACAUUUUAAAUUUGGUGCACAGUGUAAUUUUCCUUUAAUGCAACUAAGCACCCGGUUCUGUAGUAUUCAUACUGAAGAUCUCAACAGGUGCUAAAGAUUUUUAUUACACUGUUUCCUCUGUAAUAACUGUGUUUGGAGAUCUUAUGGAUGUGCACUUAUAUUGCUAUAGACAGUAAUUAUUUAUCUGCUGGUUGGUCAUUAUAUCAAUAUAACCAGCUAAGGCAUGUUACUGGAUUUGUGUUUUAUACAUAUGAAAUGUUUACAUUUUUAUCAAUCCAAGUAAAGUAAAACGUUUUAAACUGUU